AUGACGAAUUUCACGUUGAAUGGGUUUCUUCUCCUUGGGUUUUCUGCCAAGCCUGAGCUAGAAAUCUUGUAUGCUUCUCUGCUCUUAGUCCUUUAUUUGUUGGCUUUAACUGGCAACAUGCUCAUCAUCACCACAACUUCCCUGGAUGACAGUCUCCAGUCCCCCAUGUAUUUCUUCCUGAAGCAUCUCUCCUUGUUGGAUCUCUGCUACAUUUCCGUGACCGUGCCGAAAUUUGUUUACAACUCUUUCAUGCAUAGUGGGAAUAUUUCCCUUUGGGAAUGCAUAGUGCAGUGCUUUGCUUUCAUUGUCUGUUGCUCUACUGAGGUGUUCAUACUCACGGUGAUGUCCUAUGACCGCUAUGUGGCCAUCUGCCUUCCCCUGCGCUAUGACAUCAUCAUGGACGUCAGAACCUGUGUCCAGGGAGUCGCCGGUGUAUGGGUCUGUGGGGUCGUUUCUGGAGUCAUGCACACGGCAGCUACUUUCUCCAUCCACUUCUGUGGCCCCCGCAUCAUUCACCAGUUCUUCUGUGAUAUCCCCCAGCUCCUGAGACUCUCCUGCUCCAAUGAGUAUUUGGGUGAAGUUGGGGUCAUUGCCUUCGUGGCUCUGAUAUUAUUUCUUUGUUUCCUGUUUAUUGGGUUCUCCUACGUGCACAUCUUCUCUUCCGUGCUGAGGAUGCCAUCUGCGGAGGGCAGAGCCAAGGCCUUUUCCACUUGCCUCCCCCACCUCGCUGUGGUCAUACUGUUUUUUUCUACAGGUUCCUUUGAGUAUUUCAAGCCUCAUUCUGAAUCUCCAACUGCUUUAGACAUUUUCCUUACUAUCCUUUAUACAGUUGUUCCCCCAACAUUCAAUCCAAUGAUCUACAGUCUGCGAAAUAAUGCUAUCAAGUCGGCUAUAAGUAAGGUUUUUCAAAGAAGAGUAGCAUACCUCUUGUGUUGA